CCUUCCAUGAUCAGCGAGUGACUCAUCCACGGGGUUUUUAAUUUACGUUCGACGAAGUGUCAUCAUGGGAAACACCCUUUGGCCAGAACACGUUUCCAGAUUUUUCCUACUGAAUUUUUCCUACGGUCUCUUGAAUCUUCCUCAAGCCACUAGCAAGACGUGUAACACUCGAACUGUUAUACCUGAAAUUAAAAUCUCGUCCAGCUCACCUAACCACACGCUUGCUAUUGGGGCAGCCCUUAAUAUGACCUGCAUAGCGUGGCCAAGGAAUAGCGACCAACUAUUUCCCAGGAGAUGGAUCAAAUAUAUUCAGUGGUAUGAUCGUCAGGGUAGACCAACUGGAGCCAAAUGCCUACAGGGUACACCAAGAGUGCUAAAACUACACUGUACAUUAAUGCUCAAGUCGAUAGCUUCUGAACAAUUUGGAAACUACACUUGUGAGGCAGAAAAUGAUUAUUUGGGAUAUUGCAGGAAAAAAACGGUCGAAAUUGUUUUACACGCUUUUCUGAAACCAGAGACUGUGACAGAUCCAAGGAACCAAACUGUUGUUGCCGGCUUCGACGUAACCUUCAACUGUACCGCAAAAGGCCAUCCCAUGCCAUCCAUCAUAUGGAUCAAGAACAAUGCCUCACUUACUAUACAGUCCGACCUGAGAAUGAAGGUCAUCAUGAUUACUCUGGACGACAAACAUAUUCAUAGUCAGCUGGUAAUAACAGGAGUACAGAGAGAAGAUGGUGGAAAAUAUCACUGCCUUGCGAAUAACAGGGCGGGAAAAGGGGCUUCAGCCCCGGCUUUUCUGACAAUUAAAGAUUUAGAUGACCAACCCAUACUGAUUGUUGAAGAUCCAAGGAACCGAAGUACUGUCGUCGGCUCUGAUGUAACUUUAGACUGCAUUACUAUUGGUCGUCCCAAGCCGAAAAUCAAGUGGCUCAGGAACGAUAAUUCUAAUGCUGUAGAAUCCAAUUCACGGGCAAGCAUUGUUCAGGUUUCAAUAAAUAAUCAAACAAUUCACCACCAGUUAGUCAUAACAGCAGUAAGGAAGGAAGAUGAUGGCAAAUACCAAUGUGUUGCUCAAAACAGCGCUGGAGCAAAUACAUCGAAAGAGGCCUUCAUCAAUGUAAUGGACCAAGAUCUUCAUCUGGAGUACAAAUCAUGUACAGAGGUCAAACAAACUAAACUUUCAACCUUCCAGAUAAUUGCAAUUGCUGUCGGGGUAUCUGCUAUUGUUACUGUAAUCGGUGCAAUCUUGUGGUAUAGACGCCAUGUAAAAGCUGGAAAAAGGACAGUCCUUCUCGACAAGUUGGAGAGUCCUUUACGAAUGUCAGUUGUGUAGACAACGAGGCUUACGGGUAUCAUAUGUAAGGAAAAGGCAUCAUAUGUAAGGAAAGGGAAAGGAAAUAGUUGUGAAAGACAUCGAGAAAUGCAGCAUUUAAAGUUUGAUAUGAACAUGAGUGACUCACUCAGCUUCGCUCGUGUGACACUUUUUUGUUCUUACCAGAUCUGUCGUCAUCUGUGAUCUAUCAGUGAAGAGACGCUUGGCAACAUGAUAUCUAUUAGUUAAUCACAUUGCACUAUUUUGUUUUCGCAUCAUCAUUUUUAAAAGCAUAAGUUUCAGAAUAGCACACUAUCGCAUAAUUUCUUACUUGCGUUGCUGAGAAUCCCCGCACACGCUGGCUCAGUAAUCUCGGACUGUAUACUUACACUUGGUUCAGGUUUUAUUUUCGACAAUUCAACAUUACAAGUUCCUUGCUACAA